UCGUCAGCGGCAAAUGGAGCUCGCGCUUUCUUUAAAUCGUCGGAGUGUCUCUUUCACUGUGAUCAGUUUGGAGAGUAAAACCGGAGCUGACGCGAGCACAUUCGUGUAUGAAGUAGGCCAUCGGCCUUGAGUAUCGAACCCUCAAACACUUUCUCUCUGCUUCGCCUCAUUCCCUUCCCAUUCGCGUGCCCUCUUUUUGCGCCCACUGUCAGAUGAUCCCUUCAGUUAUCAUUUCACUAUAAAUACAGCGGUUCUGCCCUUUCCUUGCUUUUCUCUCACAGAGUGAAGCAGGAGAUGCAUCGAAGAAGGCCAUCGGUUUUUAGUCGUAGUUGAGGCAGAGCAUCUAUAUGCUAUGAAGAGUUUGAGGCAAUGGCCUGUGGUUUUUGCUCUUGGAAAUGAAAGAUAGGCAGCGUUGGAGAGCUGAAGAGGACACUUUAUUACGUGCAUAUGUGAAGCAGUAUGGUCCGAAAGAGUGGAACCUUGUUUCGCAGCGUAUGAAUACUCCCCUAAACAGGGAUGCCAAAUCGUGCUUAGAAAGGUGGAAGAAUUACCUCAAACCUGGCAUCAAGAAGGGAUCACUUACCGAGGAAGAGCAGCAUCUUGUAAUCCGCCUUCAAGCCAAGCACGGCAACAAGUGGAAAAAGAUUGCAGCUGAGGUGCCGGGACGUACUGCAAAGAGACUAGGCAAGUGGUGGGAAGUGUUCAAAGAAAAACAGCAGAGGGAGAAGAAGGAAAACAGCAAGAGAAUUGAGCCUAUUGAGGAGGGAAAGUAUGACAGGAUUCUGGAGACUUUUGCUGAGAAGUUAGUGAAUGAGCGUCCUCCAUUACUUGUCAUGGCCACUUCCAAUGGUGGCUUUCUUCAUACUGACCCAAUUGCAGCUGCAACCCCACCUGCCCAUGCAACUGCACCAACUGUACUUCCAUCAUGGCUUUCUAAUCCCAGUGGCACUUCCACUGUUAGGCCACACUCUCCUUCCGUAACCCUUAGCCUCUCACCUUCAACUGUUGCACCCACUCCUCCAAUCCCAUGGUUGCAGCCCGAUCGGGGAUCAGAAAAUACUCUUGUUUUGGGAAGUUUGCCUCAAGGAGUGAUCCCUCCUUGUGGAGAGACCAUUAUCAUAUCUGAGCUAGUUGAGUGCUGCAGAGAUUUGGAAGAAGGACAGCGCACCUGGGCUGCUCAUAAGAAGGAAGCGGAUUGGAGGUUAAGAAGGGUAGAGUUGCAGCUUCACUCAGAGAAAGCAUCCAGGAGGCGAGAGAAGAUGCAAGAGAUAGAGUCGAAGGUUAAGGCUCUUAUGGAAGAGCAGAAGGCUUCUCUGGAUAUGAUUGAAGCAGAAUACAAGGAACAAUCAGCUGCAUUAAGGAGGGAUGCUGAAGCCAAGGAGCAGAAAUUGGCUGAGCAAUGGGCUGCAAAGCACUUGCGUCUUACCAAGUUUCUUGAGCAGAUGGGAUGCAGAACCAGGGCAGCUGAACCAAAUGGCCGGUGAGUUUACCUAAGAUAUUCUUGCUCGUUUAUGUGAUGAUGAAAUCUGAAGCUUGAAGUUCAAACUUCUAUUUAUGGCCUUGCCGCUCAAAGUUCUAUUUAUAGCUGCUUGUUAUAUCUACUGAUGGAACAUUGCAUGAAGUGUCGGAGCAUCAGCUGAACUAAUUCGACCUUCUAAAAGUAGUUAACUAGUAAUCAUAGCUAUAUUGCAGUUGUUGUUUACUUGUUUUGGAUCCUUGCAUUUGGGCGGCCAAAUAAAGGGCUUGCAGAUUUACCUAUAUGAAUGAGCAUGUGAAAUACAACCACACGGCAUUUAACUCGCGUGCCUUGCAACGAUACUUACAUAUUUUAUGCUGCGUGAAGAUAGUUACGAGGAGGAUGUAUCAUGUAUCCCUUUAUGGGUGCUAUCUGGUUGCAAGCUAUUCAGUAGGUGGUGCUGAAGUAUUUAUACAGUCUUGUAUCAUAAAUUUGACGCAUUUAUCUACUUUUUUGGUCAAGUUUGCAUCAAUGGGACUGUGUCUCCACCUUCAGUUUGUCUGCAAUGGGGAAUAUUGGUUACCUCAACAGUUUGUGCCUUCUUUUUUAUAGCAUGCACUGAUUUUCUUAAGCCUGGAGUUUGUGCUCUCUGUUCUAAGGGUUACCCUUCUUGUGCUUCCA